AAUUCUGCAAGUGGUUCUGAUUUAUUAUCGCUGUUUUCUAGCUGGUCUAAAACCGCUUUUGACCUAAAGGGGCGCUUUUUGGACGCCAUGGACGUUUCUCAGUUUCCAGGCAGAAAGAACAGUAAAAAUGCAGGCAGGGCACAGGACAAAGCACUCGGGACAAAAUGUAUGUGAAAUGGUUUGAUACAUGAAUGUCACUUUUUGUCAUUUUUUUAAUUUCCCGCCGUUCCGUCCCCCGUAUGUCCCGACGCUCACAGGGGACGGAACCCAGAAGACAGAUGCCGACAUCCGCGGAUUACAUUGCCGGGGACACUGCAGGAGGGACAU